CGGCAAUGUCGAGUCCUCAAUUAGAAAAGUAGAUAAAAGAGCAAAGACAAGAGGAGGGAAACGGAUCCAAACAUUCAGUUUGGUUUUUGUUUCCGAGAUGAGCAGCUUUCACUGCACUGGAUUAUAUGUCAGGUCAAAUCUGACGAAGUGAGCCGGCCUUCGUUUACCUCAGCAGCUGCUGUUGGGAAACUGGGAGGAGUCGAAUUCCAGACGGCACUUUACCUCUAGCAUCACUCCAGCAUGAGUGAUGGUGGGGAGGGACACAGCAGGGCCGGGGGGAGCCAUAGAGCCAGACAGCCCCAGGCCCCUAACGUCAAACCCAGGCUCGUGGAGAAUGACAGGAACAGCAAAGAGGAUCACCGGCAAAAAGAGAAGCCUGCAAGAGUGAGGAGAUCAAGGAGCUCUCACUCUGAGAGGGGGAGGAGGAGAGAGCCAGACAGGAACCACGGAGAAAGGAGGCGCCGUGGGAGGAGUGAGGAGGCCCGUGGGAGACAUAAGAAAGAUGGAAACAGCGAUCGGAGGAAGGCGACCCCCCCUGAAGAUGAUGUGGAGGACACCGAGUGUGCAGUGUGCUUCUGCUCCUAUGAUAAUGUCUUCAAGACCCCAAAGCUGCUGGCAUGCGGGCACACCUUCUGUCUGGAGUGCCUGGCACGCAUCAACGUCACCUCACCAGAGCUCAAGACCCUGUCCUGCCCCGUGUGCCGGGAGUUGACUGUGCUCCCUCACGGCCGGGACCUGCCCCGUCUGAGCAACAAUCGGGACAUCAUCAGCAAACUUCCUCGGGAGAUGCACCGGGCACUGUCCAUCCGCUUCCAGCGCAGCAAGGGUAAGCUGGUGCUGAAGAAUCCUCCUCCCACCAGCCCGACCAGGCCUAGCAUUAUCAAGCUGCCUACUAAGAGUCAGAACACUGAGGCGAGGCCAGGCGGGGACCUUCAGCUGACUGCAAUGGAGCAGGGGAUGACCCCAGCCACUGUGGUGGAUGUAGGCAGACCUCCAAACAGGGUGAGAAGUCGCCUGCGCAGGUUGUUCCGCACAGAUCAGUGCUACUAUGCCGUGGUGGCGUCCGUCAUCACCAUCACUGUGGCACUCAUGCUGGUGGGGAUUCUGGCCUUUGUGAUCAUACCCAGUGUGACCACGCAAAGGCCUCCUCCUACACAUCCAUCAAACACGUCAGAACACAAUCCGUAAAGGGACGGGAGGGACGUCCACUUCAAGGACGGGACCCUGAAGGGAGGGAGGGCUGUUUGGGGAGAUGAGACUGAUGGAACCUCUGGUGACCUUUGUCCCACUGUGUGUAUACUGGAGAAGUCCAAACUGAGCUUGUUCAGCGAUGUGGAAAAAUGAAGGAAAACCAGGAGAGCAACAUUUUUUUCAAACAAAAGGCCUGGCAGGUGCACAUGAAGGAAACAGGACUGACUUGUGUUUGUGUGUCUGAGAGCAGGUGAACACACAAAGAAGCACACACACGGACAAAAUAAGCUGUAAAUGUUGAAAUGCACUGUGAGGACAGGCCGGGAGGAUCUCUGCGCGAUUGCACACUGAGCUCGUAAACCACUUCAAGGUUUACGAGCUCUUAACUAAUUCUGUUUAUAAUGCAAACCCACUGUACAUAGCCACAGAUGAUUUCUAUAUGUGCCAGUAUUUCCCAACAUAUCCAUCAAA